AUGGUCUACUGCGGUAAGCCGAGCAAAGGCUGCUCCAACUGCCGGGAGCGCAAGAUUCGGUGCGAUCAGAAAGAACCCGGCUGCGGCCAAUGCGAGAAAAGACGCCAAAAAUGCCCCGGCUACAGAAACCUCGUCGAUCUGAUGUUCCGGGAUGAGAGCGAUCAUGUCAUUCGCAAGGCUGAGGCGCGGGCCGCUCGAAAGAAGGCCCGAAGGCUUGCUACCGCUCGCUCAGCUACUCCGUCCGAGACGGGGAGCCGCGUGUCCGCCACCUCGGAGCCGAAGAAGUCAUUGACCCUGGUUGUUCCGCCGACCCCAGCGACAAGCUGCCCGUCAGACCGGGACGCCGAGCAUGAGGAUGACACCUUCGCCCUGAUGUCCCCCGAUUCCGGCUGUUGGCCCGUGACUCCGGCCAUGGCCCAGAUCUACAACAUCGAUCCUGAGUUGCAGGAGAAGGGGUUUGCGUACUUCUUCUCUCGUUAUGUCACCAACGAGGAGACAGUAAGCCAUCAGAAGUUCGACUUCCUGCGUGAUGUCUGGCGGGCCUCAUCAAGUACCCGCGAUCAGCAGGUUGACGUUGUGCUGGCCAGCAUGGUUGCCGUCGGACUCAUGGGCAUGGCCAGCACCAACCCGACGCUCAUGGAUGCCGCGCACAAGGCCUAUGGCACGGCUCUGCGGCUAAUCAACCACGCGCUUCAGGACCCGGUCGAGGCUGUCAAGGACAUCACUAUUUUGUCCGUCCUGAUCCUCGGUCUCUUUGAAAUGAUGGCCGAGACGACUCCGCGCACUUUGACUGUGGAAGCCUUCCAGGAACACGUCAACGGCGCUGUCGCCCUUGCCUCGCUCAGGGGCGCCUCACAGUUCAAGACACGUGCUGGCAGGAGGAUGUUCUCGAUGUUGUGCCAGCGUGCCAUCAUCAGCUGUGCGCAGCGCAAUCAGCCCAUGCCCGAAGCCCUGCAACAACUGUGGCACGAAAUGACCAAGUCGCUCGACAAGGACAACCCUAACAAGCGCUUGAUGCCGCUGGUCUGGCAGGUCCUGCAGCUGCGUGCCGAGGUCAACAGUGGCAAGCUGUCGAACCCCCAGAUCAUUGUCGACCGGCUUCUUGCCCUUGAGGAUUCCUUUGAGAAGCUGACUGCUCAACUGCCCUCCUCAUGGGCACACCGCACGCUCAAGGUGACCCAGCACCAUCCCGCUGUCGUCUUCGGUGGCAUCUGUCACCUGCACUCAACUCUGCACCACGCCAACCUGUGGAACAGCAUCCUCGCCAUCCGCAUCAUGAUCCUCGAGUCCAUCAAGGCCGAAAUUUCCCGUGAUCUCCAGAACAUCAUCCCCUCCCUCGAGCCAACCGUCUACCUGCCCGCCUACCACGACGCCCGCCGCAAGCUGAAGCACCUCGUCCCCUCCGUCGCUUAUUCCGUCCCCCAGCAGCUCGGCCUGAUCAACCCGACCGACGGCACGAUCGACUCCAAGACGCCCAUCGCGACAGUCGAGAUCCGUGCCACGCCCUCUCCCCCGACCUCUCCCUCCGCCCGCUCUGACCUCUCCAACAACGCCGCUUUCUUCUCAACGAAUCCCUCGCGCUCCGGCAACCCCUUCUUCGCCGGCCCAACCAUCUUCGACCUCACCCUCGCUCCCGCCAACGCCCCCGAAGAGGAGGCUGCGCGGUACAUGCAUCUGGCCUCGGCAAAGAGCACGGCCGUGUGGCCGCUUUUUGUGGCCGGCAUGUCGUCUGCGUGUAGCGCCGAGCUGAGGGCGUAUGUCGUAGGACGGUUGCGGGCAUUGUGCAUGGAGACGGGGGCUAGACAGGCUGAUGCGCUUGCUGCAGUUGUGGAGGAGAGGGGGUGGGUGCUUGGACAUCCGGAGGAGGUGUUUGAGCGGAGUCAGGGGAGUGAAGGGCUCGGUCUGGGCUUGGGCCUGCAGGGUAUGCAGGAGCAGGACGGGCAGUGGAUUGACUUGGAUUUGGAGGCUGCGCUGCGCGGGAUGGAGGGUAAUGGCAGCAUUCCGGAGGUCGUGGUGCCGCCAUCGCUGGCGAGCCCCUCACCUGUGCCGGGGUUGUCGCCUGCGUUCUCGUCGUCGGAUGUGUCCUCGCCUCUGCCGUCGCCGCUGCCGUUCGCGAUGGUUGGGUGCGAGUAUGGACUUGGGCUGGCUGAGCCAGGUCGGGAGUUGCUGAGGCCGGAGUUUGACGCCAUCUGGGCGUGA